UACACUGAAGUCGGCGCUGAUUGGCGGAUGUGUGGACCGUCACCAUCUCACCAGGAAGACGUCUGCUCUCCCUUCAUUCUAGGGAUGAGGAUCAGCUGGAUCGGAUCGUGGUAACCGGUUGUAGUGUUGGCAUCCGCGGUUAUGGCUCGUCCGGUAGCGCUCGUCUUCCUCGCUGCGCUCAUAGCAGUUGCAGCUGCUGACUUUAGUGUCUUGAAGUCCCCCCAGAACCAAAUCUUCAGACCAGGAAACUGGCCAAUCCCCGGGGAGCGGAUUCCAGAUGUUAUUGCCUUGUCCAUGGGCUUUUCUGUUGAAGAGGAUUUGUCUUGGCCAGGGCUUGGAGUUGGCAAUAUAUUUCAGCGCCCACGUGCCACAGUUUUGGUAACAGUGACCGGUGUGGACAAACUUCCUUUAUCAAACAAUGAAAUUUUGUACCCAGUAGAGAAUGCUGUUCCCUACAGUGUUGAUGGUGUUGUGAACUCCAUCCAUUCACUGUUCUCUGAAGAGAUGCCACUAGUUCUGCAGCUGGCCCCUAUCGAAGAAAGAGUGUAUAUGGUUGGAAAGGCCAACAUAGUGUUUGAAGACCUUGCCGUCACUCUACGACAGCUGAGGAGUCGCCUGGAGCAGGAAAACUCCAUUCUUGCCUCUGUGUCUUUAGGUUCUUUAUACAAAAAUGAUGAGAUCGACAGACUCUUCCUCUCUGAAAUGCAAAGUCUUCAAGACAUCCCAAAAUUGCUUUCCCGGCAUAAGCAUCUUGCUAAAGAUAAUGUCCCGGAUAUUUAUGCCUUGGAGUUUACUGGUUUAGAAGAGAUCAAGAAACGGUAUGGUGAGGACUCUGUGAAGUUUAAGGAUGCAACCAGAAUUCUUUCAGAAUGUCUACAGAAAUUUGCAGAUGACAUGCACAGUAUUUAUGGGGGAAAUGCUAUUGUGGAAGUUGUCACAGUGGAAACAUUUGAGACUCCUCUGACAAGAAAGAGCCGUUCUAUUCUGGAAACUGCAACUGCUACCGCUCCCACCAAUCCAUACAACCUGGCUUAUGACUAUAACUUUGACUACGCUGUCAUCUUCAACAUCAUCUUGUGGAUUAUGAUUGGUCUGGCUCUUGCUGUUAUUGCAAUCUCAUACAAUCUCUGGAACAUGGACCCUGGCUACGACAGUAUCAUCUACAGAAUGACCAACCAGAAGAUCCGGAUGGACUAAUAAGAUGUAGUAAAUUACUUCAACAUAACUGGUUUCUUUGGUUAUUUUUUGUUUCCUAAAAUUGUCAAUAUGUAAGAAGGUGAGAACCUAAUUCUACCUAUAGUGACGUAAUAAAUAUAUAGUUAAACAUCUUUUUGCGAAAAAGUGUGUGUGUGUGUGUAUAUAUACUUUUUUUUUUUCCUAAAAAAAGAUUUUUUAACUAUAAUUUUUAUUACGUCACUAUGGGUAGAAUUAGUUUCUCAUAUAUAUAUUAAAAGGAAGCCGCUACUUUUUUCUUAAUAUGUGGCCCUUUAAGCCCUUCCCUGGUUCACUAGAUUUGAUUUGUCGUCAUAUGUAAUUUUAUUUAUUAAAUUAUUUUAAUCUUUCUCCUUCCACUAGAAAAGUGACCCCUUAUGUUUAGUACUAUAGAAUUGUUAAUACUCUAUAACCCCUUUUAAGAUAUGAAAGCUGAGCUGUGAUUGGUUGUUAUUGGCAAAACAGACAGGUGUAUGGAGACCACUUCAUGUUGGCACAUCCGCAGUUAUGUUACGGUAACCACUCCAUGUCAUAAUAGACCCCAAUAUGCAUAAUAGUGUUCCCCUUGAAUAUUAUUGGUUUGGUGAAUAAAUACAUUUGUUGAUUUGUGUGUAAAGAUAACCUUGUGCCUCUGUCAAAUAUCUGUAUAUUAGGAAUACUGAUGGCAUUUCUCUCGUUUUCCUCUGGACAUGGCUGUAAAUGUUUUAUUCUUCUGAUGUAAAUAUAUAGAUAUAUAUAUAUAUAAAAAAAGACAGUAAAUUCAUUGCCCCGGUUGUUCUAAUCCUGUUCUGUCUUGCUGUAUUCUUUUCCCCAUUGCUGUUGCUCAGUGCUGUGGUUAGUAGCCUUCCACCUUCCAUUGAUUCCAGAAGGCCAGCGAGGCCCCAUUCCCACUUGUCUAGUGAUCUGGCUCAGUUUCCAUAUGGCAUUGUAGUAAAGCGUUGCAAGGAAACUGAUGUUAAGUGCUGAUCCUAUUGUUUUAAAGGGGUACUCCCCUUGGUUAACGUGUUUUUUUUUUUUUUUUU